AUGGAUGAGGAAAACAUGACGAAAAGCGAAGACCAGCAACCUCUGAGUUUGCAAAAAGCCUUGCAGCAGUGCGAGCUGGUCCAGAACAUGAUCGACCUGAGCAUCUCCAAUCUGGAAGGGCUUAGGACGAAGUGUGCAGCUUCCAACGACCUCACGCAGAAGGAGAUCAGGACCCUGGAGAGCAAGCUGGUGAAGUACUUCAGCCGACAGUUGUCCUGCAAGAAGAAGGUGGCCCUGCAGGAACGCAAUGCUGAGCUGGAAGGCUUCCCCCGGCUCCGCAACUGGUUCCGGAUCGUGGAUGUGCGCAAGGAGGUCCUGGAGGAGCUCUCCCCUGACGAGCUGAGCUUGGAGAACCUCCUGGAGAUGACCGAUGAGCAGGUGUGCGAGACCGUGGAGAAAUAUGGAGCCAACUCGGAAGAGUGCGCCCGGCUCAACGCCUCACUCUCCUGUCUCAGGAACGUGCACAAAUCAGGAGGGAAUCUCUCCAAAGAAGACUGGAUCAUCCAGUGGCCCACCACGGAGUCAGGGCAGGAGAGCAACCCUGUGUGUCCCACGGAGCCCAGCCUCGGAACCCGCCCCUCUCAGAGCCCUAGGCUCCAGACCAAGUGUCCCCAGCAUGUCAGUGACACCAGCUCUAUGCCUGGGACCCCUGUGUACACCCAUGUGGACAGACUCACUGUAGAUGCCUACCCGAGCUUGUGCCCGCCGCCGCCACCCCUGGAAUCAGGUCACCGCUCCCUGCCCCCGUCACCCCGGCAGCGGCACGUAGUCCGCACGCCACCUUGUACUCCGAAUAUUGUCACCACCGUGACCCCGCCUGGCACGCCGCCCAUCAGGAGAAAAACCAAGCUGAAGCCUCCGGGGACGCCACCCCCCUCCUCCCGGAAGCUUAUCCACCUGCUCCCCGGGUUCACCGCGCUGCACAGGAGCAAAUCCCAUGAGUUCCAGCUCGGGAACCGCAUAGAGGAGGCCACCACACCCAAGUGA